GUAGGGUAGUCUUGUGUUGUUCAGUCUAGGUCUUACACUCUCCAGUAUGUCUCUCCCUCUAGGGUAAGCUUAUGUUUGUCAAUGACAUGAUUUCUCUCUAUAGAGAUAGAUAGAGAGAGAGAGUGUAAUAGUCAGGGACCUUUUGAUCCCUUCAAAGACAAGAGAAGGACAUUUUCACCCCUCUUUCUUUCUCACUCUAAAGGAUAGCCUCACAUUGAGCACAGGACAUAUUUUGAUGCAUCAAAUAAAACAGAAGAUGAUGUUUCCACUCACUUUCAGCCCAUGUUGUUAGUUUCUCUCUCAUAUAUCAACCCACCUCCCCCAUCUUCCUAUCUUUUUCUAAAGGAAUGGAAGUUGCACUCACCCACAAGAGAGACGAUCACCCCAACACAGCAAUCCCAUCUUCUUCUUCCACCCCCCAUAAUGAGCCCAUGGUGCUCUACAAAGAGUGCCUCAAGAACCACGCCGCGAGCCUGGGCAGCUACGCGACAGAUGGGUGCGGUGAGUUCAUGGAAAGUCUCGAGCAAUCGGACCGAGGUGGUCUCAAGUGCGCGGCCUGUGGGUGCCACAGAAACUUUCACAGGCGAGUCCCCGUGAGUCCCAAGUCGAUUAAGAGAGAGGAGAGAGAAAUUUGCUUCUAUGUGGAUGAAGGCAAGAGAGAGCAGAGAGAAAGAGGAGAUGGGGUGAUUAGAAAGAGGAUUCGGACUCGGUUUUCGGUUGAGCAGAAGGAGAGAAUGCUGUGGUUUGCUGAGAAGAUGGGGUGGAGGAUACAGAAGGAUCAGGAGAAGGAGAUCCAAGCGUUUUGUGAGGAGAUUGGGGUGAGUAGGCAGGUGUUCAAGGUGUGGAUGCACAAUCACAAGGGGGCAGCUGGUAAUAACAACAAUGCAUCAGAUGUUACACAAUAGAUUUUCAUUUUUGGUUUUUUUUUUGCCCAUUUUACUUUCCUCCAGUACAGUGGAAGACUGGGUUUUAGAUCUCUCUCUCUCUCUCUCUCAUUUGGCCUUGCAAGGAUGUUGAGGGAGUGGUAUGAUCAUGAUCUCUUUCCAUCUCUCUCUCUCUCUGACCUUCAGGCUAAUGCAAUUGGUUUUGGAAGGAAUUAAAAGAAAUCUCUCUCCCUCUCUCUCUCUCUGUUGAGGACCUUCAGGCUAAUAUAAUUUGAUGUUGGAAGGAAUUACCUUCAGGCUAAUAUAAUUUGGUUUUUGGAAGGAAUUAAGUGA